AUGGACGAAAAGGUAGCGAGAGCGGAUCAAAAGGACGUUGCGUACGACAGCGACCCGAAGAGAGAAGUCCUCGAAGAGAUCGAAGGUGUUAAUGGCCUAAAGACGGUCGAGGUCGGCUUCGCAGCUGAUCAGGUGAUUGUCGAAGUUGACCACAAAGAGCGAACCCGGAUUCUGAGAAAGGUCGACUACCGCUUGAUCCCGAUCCUUGCCGUCUUAUACCUGUUGGCAUUCAUCGAUCGCGGGAACAUUGGCAAUGCCAAAAUCGCCGGUCUCUACGACGACCUCCAUCUCCAUGGAAUGCAAUACAACACCGCCUUGACAUUGUUCUUUGUGCCUUAUGGCUUCUUUGAAGUACCAUCCAACAUCGUGCUCAAGAUCCUGCGGCCGUCGAUCUGGAUAUCUGUCUUGAUGUUCUGUUGGGGAACCGUGAUGACUCUUAUGGGUGUGGUUUCUACCUAUGAGGGCCUUUUGGUAACAAGAUUCUUCUUGGGCGUGGCUGAGUCGGGCUUCUUCCCUGCGGCGACAUACCUACUCACGAUCUGGUACAUGCGAUACGAGGUGCAACGCCGGAUGGCUCUCUUCUACGCUUCUGCCUCGCUUUCCGGUGCGUUCUCCGGGCUGUUGGCGUAUGGGAUUCAGCACAUGGACGGCGUAGCAGGACUGGCAGGCUGGAAAUGGAUCUUCAUUAUUGAAGGUCUUGUUCCUGUGGCUGGCUCCUUGGUGGUCUGGUUCGUGCUUCCGGACAACCCGGAGACAGCCAAAUUCCUCACAAAGGAGGAGAAAGAAUUCAUCAUAAACCGGCUGGCUCUCGAGACGGGUUCUGGCCAUGGUCGGGUGACAAACACUGACCGAAUUCGAAUGCGCCACAUCAUUGCGGCGUUUAAGGAGUGGAAGAUCUGGGGUGGUGUGAUUAUAUUCUGGGCCAACACUAUUGGUGUCUACGGCUUUACGGCUACGGUGCCAUCUGUGAUUGAGGGCCUCGGAUACACCUCGGCCAAUGCACAGCUGAUGACGAUCCCGAUUUACGUUUUUGCCAUGAUCUUGACGCUUAUAUUCGCCUUCUGGUCGGACAAAGUCCAGCAACGAACGCCGUUCAUUAUGGCCGGGUUCAGCAUUGCGGCGAUCGGCUUCAUCGGCGAGCUUGCAAUUCCCCAUCCCAGAUUACCAGGCGUGACGUAUUUCUUCCUCUUCCCGCUUGCAGCAGGUCUUUAUUGCCCGUUUAUCUGUCUCGUGUGCUUGAUCGGGAACAAUCUGGCUCCCAGCUCCAAACGGGCCGUGGGCAUGGCUCUGCUCAUCUCUAUGGGCAAUUUCGGUGGCAUCGCUGGGAGUAACAUCUAUAUUGCAUCUCAAGCACCGAAAUACCCGACUGGAUUCGGGACUGGCUUGGGCAUCUGCGUGGCUGCGGUCAUCAUGGCAUACGUGCUGCGAGUCGCAUAUCGACGGGAAAAUGCCAAGCGCGAUGCAUUCAUGGUUGGCAAGACGGACGAGGAGAUCAAGGCACAAUACACGGAGCAGGAACUUCUGGAUCUGGGAGACAAGAGUCCCUUCUAUCGGUAUACAGUGUGA